ACUACGAUCAUAAAAAGGAUAGUUUACGAAGAGAAGAGAGAAGAGAGAUUAGAUAAUAUAGAAGAAGAAAAAAUGUGUGCAAAGUAUUUGUUUAUGUUAUGUUUAUUGGCAUAUGCUGCAGAAGCACAAAAGGUUUUCAAUGUGAAAGACUACGGAGCCAUUGAAGACGGCAACACUGAUAAUAGUGUGGCAUUUGUGACAGCGUGGGGUGAUGCAUGCAAGCGGAAUGGAGAGACAAUAGUUUUGGUUCCAAACGGAACGUACAUGUUGAAAUCUGUUAUAUUUAACGGUCCUUGCAACGGUUCAAUAACGUUCCAAAUCAACGGUGUUCUCAAGGCUCCAAUUGAUCCAUCUAUGCUUGCUGAUCAGAAAUGGAUAAAUUUCAGAUAUGUUGACAAACUCACCAUCAACGGAGGUGGCACUUUCGAUGGUCAAGGAACUGCCACGCGCCAAAAAUGCCAAAACGAUUCAUGUCAAAUUCUUUUCACGAGCAUGGUUCUGGACUUCAUCACCAACGGUCGCAUUGAAAACUUGCAUUCUGUUGAUAGUAAAGGCGGACAUUUCAUAGUGUUCGGAAGUGGAAACAUGACCUUCUCAAACCUAACCUUAACAAGCCCUGCUAACAACCGAAACACAGAUGGAAUCAAAACAUCUAUUACAAAUGGAAUAAACAUCACGAAUGUCACGGAAUCAGUGUCGGAAGUCUUGGUGGUGGUGGGAACCCACAUGAACUACCCGUGGAAGAUGUAG